AUGGCUGAAGGAAUUGAUCGCAAGUCGGAUGAGCGCAUGGAAUUCUCGACCUCGAAGGAGGUGACUGUGGCACCUACCUUCGAGGCUAUGCACCUCAAGGAAAAUCUCCUUCGAGGCAUCUAUGCAUACGGAUACGAGUCGCCCUCCGCCGUUCAGUCUCGUGCUAUUGUGCAAAUCUGUAAAGGACGUGACACCAUUGCCCAAGCGCAGUCCGGUACCGGAAAGACUGCGACUUUCUCCAUCAGUAUCCUCCAAGUCAUUGACACUGCUGUAAGAGAGACGCAAGCUCUCGUUCUCUCCCCGACCCGCGAAUUAGCAACUCAGAUUCAAUCCGUUGUGAUGGCGCUCGGAGAUUACAUGAACGUCCAAUGCCACGCGUGUAUUGGCGGCACCAACGUCGGCGAAGACAUUCGCAAGCUCGACUACGGACAGCACGUUGUAUCUGGCACUCCCGGACGUGUCGCUGAUAUGAUCCGGCGCCGCAACUUGCGCACGCGCAACAUCAAGAUGCUUGUUCUUGACGAGGCCGACGAGCUGCUCAACCGGGGAUUCAGAGAACAGAUCUACGACGUGUACCGCUACCUCCCGCCUGCGACGCAAGUCGUCGUCGUUUCUGCCACGCUUCCGUACGAUGUGCUUGACAUGACGACCAAAUUCAUGACGGACCCGGUUCGCGUUCUUGUCAAGCGUGACGAGUUGACGCUGGAAGGUCUCAAGCAAUACUUUAUCGCGGUCGAAAAGGAAGAGUGGAAAUUCGACACCCUGUGUGAUCUCUACGACACCCUGACCAUUACCCAGGCCGUCAUCUUCUGCAACACGCGCAGAAAGGUCGACUGGCUGACCGACAAGAUGCGCGAAGCCAACUUUACCGUGUCGUCCAUGCACGGCGAGAUGCCCCAAAAGGAACGAGACAGCAUCAUGCAGGAUUUCCGCCAGGGAAACUCCCGUGUCUUGAUCUCGACGGACGUCUGGGCUCGUGGUAUCGACGUCCAGCAAGUCUCGCUCGUCAUCAACUACGAUCUCCCCAGUAACCGUGAAAACUACAUUCAUCGUAUCGGUCGUAGCGGCCGGUUCGGACGAAAGGGUGUCGCCAUCAACUUUGUCACCAGCGAGGACGUCCGAAUCCUUCGAGACAUUGAAUUGUAUUACUCUACCCAAAUCGACGAAAUGCCCAUGAACGUCGCCGACCUCCUCUCGUAA